AUGCCCUUGUUGGGCCCCGCACUGGCGCUGCCCGCUCUGCAGCAUCAGAAUUUACUUGUAGAAUUCGCGAGCCUCCGCCACGGCUGUCCGGAUGGCGUGUAUAUGAGCAUCACGCCCGGCGACACGUCAGUCUGGACUGGCGUGAUGUUCAUACGCAAAGGCCCGUAUGCACCUGCAGUUCUCCGGGUCCAGAUCUCUUUCCCACGGGCAUAUCCAGCGGUACCGCCGCUGGUGACUCUGUCCACGGACAUUUUCCACCCGCUGGUGACCCCACUGACCACGUACACCUACACCACUGGCUCGGCGAGCGGUGAGACUGUCAGUGCCACCGACGAAGAGCGUUUUCCGCCUGGCGGCUUCAGCCUCCGUCACGGAUUCCCGCAGUGGUUUUCGCGCACGCGCCGGAGCACACCGGGGGCCAGCAGCGGCCAGCCGGAUGCCAGCGGCGACACCAGCCCUCACCCCCCUCCAGUCGCCAAGAUCCUCAAGUAUAUCCAGGAAUCAUUCUCUGACGAGGCCAUCCUGGACUCGGUGACGAUUGAGUCUGCCGCCAAUCCGGGAGCUUACCAUGCCUGGCGGUCCUACAGAGACAACCAAUACACUGAAAUGCAGCCCAUGACCAAGCCCAGCGCCGCCCCCGCCACCAGGAGUCGCCACCCGGGCGAAUGGAACUGGGAAGGCGUAUGGGAAGAAAGAGUCAAGAAAGGCAUCACCGGCAGCAUCUCCGACGGCGUGCUCUACAGCGCCGGUGUAGAAGGCGACGAUGUGGUUCGGUUUGCUCAAGUCGAUAGGGACAUUCUCGAGAAGGCAAAGGCGCGAAUUCUGAAGCAACCGUAG